AUGAGAGCAGAGACAUUAUUUUUAUUCUUUUUUUGGGGGACUGUUGGAGUUCCAAUUAAUUAUGACAAAACUACAGAGUGCUACAAGACUUGCGCCUUCUAUUUCCCCACUGAAUGGAUUCCCUACUGUUUGACGCACUUUUGCGAGGAAGAGUUGAAUGAUCAUUUUGCUGACGAGAGUAGCUAUCAGUAUUCCUCUUAUGAUUCCAGUUAUGAAGGCUAUUAUCCGGAAACAACUACCAGCACAUUCACGUCGACAACUACUUCCACGACUUCCACUUCCACGACCUCUACUUCUACGACCUCUACAUCUACGACAACAACCUCUGAGGACCUCUCCUACUACGAUGGUUACAAUUAUCCAUCUUACAACUUCGAAAAUCGCGUUGAAAAUAGCAACAGCUUCACCACUACUUCGACUUCUUCAACUACAACCUCCACAACUGAAAAUUAUGACGACAUAAUUUAUGAUAUUUAUGAGUACUACAACGAUCCGAAUUACGAAUCCUAUUAUCGAAACGCUGAUAACGACUGGGAUUGGUAUUUUGAUGGGUAUUCUGACUCUUAUUCGGACUGGUAUUCGGACUGGUAUUCUAACAGUCAUUCGGACUGGUAUGACGAUUGGGAAUCGAAUUGGGAAUACCCUACUUCUACGACCAUAUCAACAACUACCGGUGAACUAGAGGGAUAUGACGAUUGCGAUUCGAUAAUAGGAACUGAAGAAUGGUAUGAUUGCAUCCGACCAUCUGAAGCAUCGACAACUACGGAAAGUCCCUUCGUAGCUUCUUUCGAAUCUAAUUUCAACUUUCAUCAAUGUGGCAUUUCUACAUCCCUUUUGGAACAAGCAGCAGGAGAGUCUGGAGGAGCACUGGUGAGCAUUCACGACCCACCAAGUGGAAUUGAAGUGAUCGAAAUCGGGAACGUCAUCAUCAACGGAAAGGACGUUGAAGAUCCAACGAUGUUUCCUUGGAUGGCAGCUUUGAGAACCAACAGCGGUUUUCACUUCUGUGGCGGGGCAAUUAUCGGCGCGCGUUGGAUUCUAACUGCGGCGCACUGCCAGUUCGACAAGGAUACGUCUGUUGUGGUAACAGGCACGCUGGAACGAUCGAACGAUGGGUUAAAGACUGUUUCUGAAGCUGAUGCUGUGUUUGAUCAUCCACAGGCAGAUACGACUCCGUAUGGAACCUGGAAGCACGACAUCACUCUUAUCUACUUGAAGACGGAACUUGUCUUUUCUGACUUUGAGCAACCAGUCUGUCUUCCGAAUCCUUACGAGAGCUUUGCCGGGCAAGCCUGUCAUUUAGCCGGCUGGGCAGGGCUCCAGUACGCAACGAUGCGAGUUGAUAGUUACUGUGGCGCUUAUCAAUCUCUUCUGACUUACGAUGAAUCUUUCUGUGCUGGCUAUCACCAGGAUAAUUCAGGCUGCAACGGCGACUCCGGAAGUGCGCUAGUGUGCCGUUCCGAUGAGUCAAGUGAAAGCUUCGUCGUCGUUGGAGUGACAAGCUGGGCUUCGGGUGCGUGCCAUGGUGAAGAACCGACAGGCUUCGCAAAUGUUGCCUUUCACAUGGACUGGAUUCGACAAGUCAUCAGCGAAAAGUGA